AUGUGGGCCCUCCGAUUCGCUGAAGGUUACCCUACCCCAAGGAACACUGAUACGAGUCCCACAGAUAUUCAGAGGGGCAAGCAUCAAUUACAUUGUGGCUUGAGACACCUGUCCCAUGAGGCUAUGGCUCAAGCUGUCCUCACGAAGGAAGCUGAUGUUGAGUCGAGACACCUGAGUGCCAUGGCAAUGGCUUGGCGAAUCGAGGUGUCUGAGCGACACACAAAGUUCCUUCACAUGGUUCUUGAGUGUGAUGCUGAUACAUAUGCUAGCGCCGCUUCAGAGCGUCUCGACUCAUCAGUUCAAGCUCUUGUUAACUGCAGUAAGGAGGAGCUUCAAAACCACGUGGACUUUGGUGCCGUCACAUAUAAACAUGACGUGAUGUCAUUCGCUGUUGCGGACGAACAGCUCACUGACAUGGAGGGUUAUACUGUCGAGCAUUAUCAGGUCUAA